UUACUUCGAGUUAGCGGGAGGUUCGAGUUAGCGAGGGUUCGAGUUAUCGGGAGUCAACUGUAUACAUGAAAAUGUAGGGCACUACAUUUCUGAUGUAUAAUAUGAGAGUCCUGGUUACAAGAUUCUGUUAAUAAGCGCACUCCCUCCACUCGUAGAGUUAUCUGCAUGGUGCAUACAGUUCCCAAGAUAUGACUCACAUUAUUACAAUAAACAUCACAUCUAGAUUAAACGUACUGUUAUUCUAAAUACAAUGUAAUUUAAACCUAUACCAUUUGAGAUCCAUUUUGUUAAAAGAUUUUGUACUUGUAGCUUUCAGUUUUCAAAAGAGAUGAUUUGAAUUAUGUUGAUUGUAACAGACCAAUUUUUUAUAUUACACUUGUUUGGUUUAGCAGUGGACAAGUGACAAACAAGUGACACGAAGCGGACCAAAAGGACCUCAGUAUUGAUUUUACUGUAUCGAGGAGUUACGGAACCGAAAAUAAGGCAUUUAUCCAUUGUACACAUUAUAAAGUGCUUUUGCCUGUGUUGUGGGCGUCCUCACUGCUGUUACUGUACUAGCUUGUGUUUAAUAGAAGCAAAGCAAGAAAAAGACACGGGAUUUCAGGGUCUUCCAGCGUUCGACUCGCUUCAGAAAUUACUCUCAUUUUAUCCUUAAAACGGCUUCCGAUGCCAUUCUAUUUCUUCGCCCUUAUAGUGCAAGAAUGCUACAACGUUUCUGUAAAAAUAAAAUUGCACGUACUGUAACGACAGAAAAUCCCAUAUUUUUCAAAGUAGCGCAUUUUGAGUUUGGAACUAAUCGGUUCUACAUGCAGCUAACCGGAUGCACAUCUAUAUAGCGUUAAACCUCCUGGUAUUGUCAAGACAUCUGUACGUAUAAAUUAACAAAAUGAAAGGAACGUCUGUCACAUUUUCAAUACACUUUUUUAUAUAACAAUAUGUAUUGUUUCUUAUAAAUGAUGUUUGCAAAUAAAUAAUGAAAUGUUGAAAACAUGACAAGCUCCUUUUACUGCGCAUUUACCAUAUUGCCAUUAAAACAAUGUCAGCAGGCCGUUUUCCUUGAGCGCUUUUGUCACAUCUGGUUUUACAAUCCAGGAUUUACCAUUUCUAGCGAUUCGCUAUUUUAAACGUCCAGCAUUUUCAUAUAACGUAACCAUUUGCAAGCUUUCUGUCAAAAUCGUCCAAUCUAAAUUCGUAAUACAAUCACUUCCUUAAUUAGAUGCGGGAACAUAUGGAUCGACCAAGGCUUCCUUUCUGUCAUAAAAAACGCGGCUGAAUGUGCAAGUACUGCAGAAAAUAGACAUGGGAAAAGGGACUCCCGAGGAAAGCUUUCUGCCGAAAGAAAAGACUAUUAGGGCCGCUGCUAUAAAUAGAAAAUGGAGGCACUUCCUCGGAAACUCAACUCUUCAUGGCUUGCAAUACGUGUUUAACAGCCAGACGAAGUUUUGAAGUGUAAUAUGGGCUGUAUUCCUCCUCAUGGCUACAGCGUUCUUUGUACUUAAGUCUUCGCUGCUCCUGAAAACAUACUACAGUUACGAAGUUACCUCCAAGGUAACUCUGAAAUACGAGAAAUCACCUGAGUUUCCCGCGGUCACCAUUUGUCAUUUCAACAUGCUGAGGGAGUCUUUCGUGAAAGAGCAUAAGGCUGAAAAGGUGUUAGAGCAAGCUUUAUGGUUUUCAUUAAGGACCAACAUAAACCGGAGCGUGGUAAAUUGGAAAGAAUUUGGCAAUCUCAGCAUGAAGGACGUGUACGAGAAAGGAGGCCAUCAAAUCAAGGAAAUGAUGAAAACAUGUUCGUGGAGCGGAGAAGAAUGCGAUGCCAGAAACUUCACCAGAAUUUUAACGCCGAUGGGUCUUUGCCACACUUUCAAUUCGGGCAAGGAAGGUCGAGAUAUAUUAAGAGUGAGGAAUGCUGGAUCCAAGUUUGGACUAAACCUAGUGCUUGAUGUACAGCAAGAUGAGUAUGUUAGUUUGGUGGCGGAUCAAGCUGGCUUCAUGGUCCUCAUACAUGAUCAAGAGACACCACCUAUGGUUGAAGAACUAGGUUUCGCGGUCGGCCCGGGUACGACCACUUUUGCCGCGCUCAGCAAACAAAAGGUCAUUAACCUCGAGGCACCAUAUGAAACCAACUGUUCCAUGUCUACCAUCAGCAAUAUUCCUGGUUUCUCUAAGUACACGACUUCUUCUUGUAUGCUGACGUGCCAUUCAAAGUAUAUAGUGGAGAAGUGUGGCUGCAGAGACAUCACAUUGCCCGCCCUGACAGAUAAUGAAGUACAAGUAUGUGAUCUGAAUGAUACGGCGACAUGCGUUUUUCGAGAAAUGGAAAAUUUUUUCAAGUUCGAAGGUGAUGACUGUGAUUGCCAAGUGCCCUGUGAGACAAUUUCUUACAAACCCAGCCUGUCCUACGGUGCAUUUCCUAGCAAAAGCUUCGCUUAUGACAAGGCACGACAAGAUUUUCCAAACACUGAAGAAGGACUCGAUGGAAUAGCUGAUGCGCUACAUGAAAACUACAGUGAGAACCGGCUUGAACUAAACGUGUAUUUCCAACAAAUGAGCUACGAACUGAUCAAACAGCAACCAGCGUACGAUGACCAAAGCCUUUUAGGUGAGAUAGGCGGGCUGCUCGGCCUCUGUAUUGGUGCCAGUCUUCUGACCGUGGUGGAGUUUUGUGACGUCAUAUUCACGAUUUUAAAGAUACGAUUUGGACCAGCAGACGCCUUCCUAGACCGUAAAGUAAAGCGAAGAAAAGCAAUGAAAAAGAAAACGAUGUCUGCUAAAUAGCAACAUUUGUAAAUAGUAUUCAGUUGAUUUUUUAACUUAUUGCACUGCUGUUACACUUGAACUGCACUGCUCUUAGCCAAUCAGAAUCGAGUAAUCUUUUCAAGUGUGUUAUUACGUACGAAACCAUUCAUAUGAAAAUGUGUUUUAUCUGAGUGUCUAUUUUCGUGCAAAUCAAACU